AGCUGGGCGCUCCUCGGCCUCCCCUCCCAACGGCCGGCCCAGCUGCCUGAAUUGUCCCGGACACUCCCCUGGCCCUCUCCAGGGCAGAGAUGGCCUGAGUACCCCAAGGCGCGGCAGCGCAGCAUUGGGGUUGAAACAUGGGGAACCAGGAUGGGAAGCUGAAGAGAAGCGCAGGUGAUGCCUCCCACGAAGGCGGAGGAGCAGAGGAUGCAGCGGGGCCCAGGGAUGCGGAAACCACAAAGAAGGCGAGCGGGAGCAAAAAGGCGCUCGGCAAGCACGGCAAGGGGGGAGGGGGCAGCGGGGAGACCAGCAAGAAGAAGAGCAAGUCGGAUUCUAGAGCCUCGGUGUUUUCCAACCUGCGGAUCAGAAAGAACCUGACCAAGGGGAAAGGUGCCGGCGACUCGCGGGAGGAUGUGCUGGACUCGCAGGCCCUGCCGAUCGGGGAGCUGGACAGCGCUCACUCUAUAGUCACCAAGACCCCGGACCUCAGCCUCUCCGCUGAGGACACGGGCCUAUCGGAUGCUGAGUGUGCUGACCCUUUCGAGGUGAUCCAUCCCGGUGGUUCUAGGCCUGCCGAGGAGGCUCGGGUAGGGAUCCAGGCGACCGCGGAGGAUUUGGAAACUGCGGCUGGAGCGCAGGAUGGACAAAGGACCAGUUCUGGUUCAGACACGGACAUCUACAGCUUCCACUCCGCUACGGAGCAGGAGGAUUUGCUCUCAGACAUCCAGCAGGCAAUUCGCCUGCAGCAGCAGCAGCAGAAGCUGCUACUCCAGGACUCCGAGGAGCCUGCAGCGCCCCCCACUGCCAUCUCCCCUCAGCCUGGGGCCUUUCUGGGCCUGGACCAGUUCUUGCUGGGACCUAGCAAAGAGGCUGAAAAGGACACAGUGCAAGCACAACCGGUGAGACCUGACUUGCCCGAGACCACCAAGUCUCCGGUGCCUGAGCAUCCUCCGCCCUCCGUAAGCCACUUGGCCUCUGAGACACCCGGCUAUGCGACCGCCCACUCCGCUGUCACAGACUCGCUCUCAUCACCAGCCUUCACCUUUCCGGAGGCUGGGCCAGGCGAGGGAGCCGCCGGAGUUCCCGUGGAUGGAACUGGGGACACAGAUGAGGAGUGCGAGGAGGAUGCCUUUGAGGAUGCCCCCCGCGGCUCUCCAGGGGAGGAAUGGGUCCCAGAGGUGGAAGAAGCCUCAUCUAGGCUGGAGGAAGAGCCGGAAGAGGAAGAGGGGAUGCGAGAACCUAUUAUCUCUGCAGUCGCGUCUUUGCCUGGCAGCCCUGCACCCAGCCCACGCUGCUUCAAACCUUACCCACUCAUCACCCCCUGCUACAUCAAGACCACCACUCGGCAGCUCAGCUCGCCCAAUCACUCCCCGUCCCAGUCCCCCAACCAGAGUCCUAGGAUCAAAAAGCGACCGGACCCUUCCGUGAGCCGGAGCCCCAGAACCGCCUUGGCCUCUACUGCGGCCCCGGCCAAGAAGCACCGGUUGGAGGGUGGCCUCGCGGGCGGCCUCAGCCGCUCAGCCGACUGGACUGAAGAGCUAGGCGUCCGUACGCCUGGGCCAGGAGGCUCGGUGCACCUGCUGGGGCGCGGGGCUACUGCGGAUGACAGUGGUGGCGGGUCCCCUGUGCUGGCCGCCAAGGCACCUGGGGCUCCAGCGACAGCUGAUGGCUUUCAGAACGUGUUCACAGGGCGAACACUGUUGGAGAAGCUGUUUAGCCAGCAGGAGAACGGGCCUCCAGAAGAAGCAGAAAAGUUUUGCUCCCGGAUCAUUGCCAUGGGUCUUCUACUUCCGUUUAGUGACUGCUUCAGGGAACCCUGCAAUCAGAACGCUGGGUCAAGUUCAGCUCCUUUUGAUCAAGAUCAGCUUUACACCUGGGCUGCGGUUAGUCAACCCACGCAUUCAAUGGAUUACAGCGAAGGGCAGUUUCCCAGGAGAGAACCAUCCAUGUGGCCACCAUCUAAGCUUCCUGAUGAAGAGCCCAGUCCCAAGGACGUUGACACAGAACCUCAAUCCUCUAUUUUGGAAAGCCCGAAAAAAUGCUCAAACGGUGUCCAGCAGGAAGUUUUCGAUAUGAAGUCUGAAGGACAGGCAACUGUAAUUCAGCAACUGGAACAGACCAUUGAGGAUCUGCGUACAAAAAUAGCUGAGCUAGAAAAGCAAUAUCCUGCCCUGGACUUGGAGGGACCCAGAGGCCUUUCAGGACUUGAGAAUGGAUUGACAGCCUCUGCAGAUGUCAGUCUAGAUGCUCUUGGAUUGCACGGGAAGGUUGCAGAGCCUCCAAGGACUCUCGAGGCAAAAUCAAUACAGACUUCUCCAACAGAAGAGGGUAGAAUCCUGACAUUGCCACCUCCAAAGGCACCACCAGAGGGUCUUCCGGGGCUCCCUGCAGCGGCAAGUGGAGAGUCAGCCCUUUUAACCUCACCCUCGGGACCUCCAACAAAAUUCUGUUCAGAGAUCUCUCUGAUUGUGUCUCCAAGGAGAAUAUCAGUACAGUUGGAUGCCCAACCAGCCACUCAGAGUGCAUCACAACUCCCACCACCUCCUUCUCUUCUUGGGUCUGAUAGUCAGGGACAGCCCUCCCAACCUUCUCUGCAUAGGGAGUUGGAAACCAGCCAUGAACAUUCUGUUUUCUCCCCCUCUAAAAACAACUGUAAUAUCCCACCCGCACCACCUCUGCCUUGUACAGAGUCCUCCAGUCUCAUGCCUGGCCUGGGCAUGGCAAUUCCCCCACCUCCCUGUCUCUCUGACAUAACAGUGCCUGCUCUGCCCAGUCCUACAGCCCCAGCCCUACAACUUACCAGUCUACAGGGACCAGAAAUGCUGCCAGCCCCUCCCCAACCUCCUCCUCUCCCUGGAAUGGGAAUACCACCUCCUCCCCCUCCCCCUCCUCUUCCUGGAAUGGGAAUACCUCCCCCACCUCCUCUCCCUGGAGUGGAAAUACCCCCUCCUCCUCCUCUCCCUGGAGUGGGAAUACCUCCUCCACCUCCUCUUCCUGGAAUGGGAAUACCCCCUCCUCCUCCUCCUCUUCCAGGAGUGGGAAUACCCCCACCCCCUCCACUUCCAGGAGUAGGAAUACUUCCUCCCCCUCCUUUACCUGGAGUGGGCAUACCCCCUCCUCCUCCUCUCCCUGGAGUGGGAAUACCCCCUCCUCCUCCUCUCCCUGGAGUAGGAAUACCUCCCCCACCUCCUCUCCCUGGAGUGGGAAUACCCCCACCCCCUCCACUUCCAGGAGUGGGAAUACCUCCUCCCCCUCCUUUACCUGGAGUGGGCAUACCCCCUCCUCCUGCUCUACCUGGAGUUGCUAUUCCUCCACCACCUCCUCUACCAGGUAUGGGGGUUCCACCUCCAGCCCCACCUCCCCCUGGGGCAGGCAUCCCCCCACCCCCACUGUUGCCUGGCUCAGGUCCUCCACCCUCCUCACAAGUUGGGAGUAGCACUUUACCAGCAGCACCUCAAGGUUGUGGAUUUCUUUUUCCUCCAUUGCCAACUGGCUUGUUUGGAUUAGGGAUGAAUCAGGACAGAGUGGCUAGGAAGCAGCCAAUCGAGCCUUGCAGGCCAAUGAAGCCUCUCUAUUGGACAAGAAUUCAGCUCCAUAGUAAAAGAGACUCCAGCCCUUCGCUUAUUUGGGAAAAGAUUGAAGAGCCUUCCAUAGACUGUCAUGAAUUUGAAGAAUUAUUUUCUAAAACUGCAGUAAAGGAAAGAAAGAAACCAAUUUCUGAUACAAUUUCAAAGACAAAGGCCAAACAAGUUGUCAAGUUGCUUAGCAACAAAAGAUCACAAGCAGUAGGAAUUCUAAUGUCUAGUCUUCAUUUAGAUAUGAAAGACAUACAGCAUGCUGUUGUGAACUUGGACAACUCUGUGGUGGACCUGGAGACCCUUCAAGCUCUCUAUGAGAAUAGAGCACAGUCAGAUGAACUGGAAAAAAUUGAAAAGCACAGUCGAUCUUCCAAAGACAAGGAAAAUGCCAAGUCUCUGGACAAACCUGAACAGUUCCUGUAUGAGCUGUCACUAAUCCCCAACUUCUCAGAGCGGGUCUUCUGUAUCCUGUUUCAGUCCACAUUUUCAGAGAGCAUUUGCUCAAUUCGUCGCAAGUUGGAGUUGCUACAAAAACUGUGUGAGACUUUAAAAAAUGGGCCAGGAGUCAUGCAGGUCCUGGGUUUGGUUCUAGCUUUUGGAAACUACAUGAAUGCUGGAAAUAAGACCAGAGGACAAGCAGAUGGCUUUGGACUAGACAUUCUGCCCAAGCUCAAGGAUGUCAAAAGCAGUGACAACAGCAGAAGCCUUUUGUCUUAUAUUGUUUCAUAUUAUCUUCGAAAUUUUGAUGAGGAUGCCGGCAGAGAGCAGUGUGUCUUCCCGCUGGCAGAACCACAGGAGCUGUUCCAGGCCUCACAGAUGAAGUUUGAAGACUUCCAGAAAGACCUCAGAAAGCUAAAGAAAGACCUGAAAGCCUGUGAGGUGGAAGCAGGUAAAGUGUACCAGGUGUCCUCUGAAGAGCACAUGCAGCCUUUCAAGGAGAACAUGGAGCAAUUCAUCAGUCAAGCUAAAAUUGACCAAGAGUCACAAGAGACUGCCCUGACAGAGACUCAUAAAUGCUUUUUGGAGACCACAGCCUACUACUUCAUGAAACCAAAACUUGGAGAGAAGGAGGUGUCCCCAAAUGUUUUCUUCAGUGUCUGGCAUGAAUUCAGCUCUGACUUUAAAGACGCUUGGAAAAAAGAGAACAAACUGAUUCUGCAAGAGAGAGUCAAAGAAGCUGAGGAAGUGUGUAGGCAGAAGAAAGGAAAAUCACUCUAUAAAGUAAAACCGAGACAUGACUCUGGCAUUAAAGCAAAGAUAAGCAUGAAAACUUGAUCUGUGUGCAGAACAGUAGAAGAAAAUAAGACAUUGAAACAACUUCCACAGUAUCCACCUGACCUGAAGGAGGGAAGGAAGCUACAUAACCCUGAUCAUUUUCCUCUGAACCUCUUACGUAAUCUUCAUUCAUGUUUUCUAGACAGUUUGUUAAUUGUUGAAAUUUAUUGUAUGUUCCUUUAAAAUGGCAAAAACAGUAGAUCCGUGGUGAACCGGACACCUUUUCUUUUUGUAAACACUGUGGUGUUAUACCAACAGACCUAAGAGGCACGUCUAAGAGGCACUAUCUGCGUUACUUGUGAACAUGCUGAACCCUAACCUACCAUUUCCUUUUGUAAGAUUCUCUCUUCUUGCAACAAAAAUAUUUUCCUUUUUCCUGACAACCAGAACUCCACAUUGACGUGGUUAGACUUGUGGGUAAACUUUGUUCCUAGUGAAUUCUUUGUAUCUACUUGACUUCUGCUUAUACAGUGGCUAUUUGAGAAGUAAAUACCACCUAUAUGUCAUGAUUCAUACCUCUCCUUUGCUUACAUUAUUCUCUGUAAUAUUUCCCCUUGAGACCCUAUGAAAAACUGGCCUGUAGCAGCAGCAGAGGUGAAUGAAAUUGAGAUGUCUCUUUAUGUCUAACACUAUAAUACUUCUCUCUCUCUCUCUCUCCCUCCCUCUCUCUCUCUCUCUCUCUCUCUCUCUCUCUCUCUCUCUCUGUGUGUGUGUGUGUGUGUGUGUGUGUGUGUCUGUCUGUCUGUCUGUCUGUCUGUCUCUCUCUCUCUCUUUCUCACUCACACACACUCCCCUCUCUCUCUCUUACACAUACAGAUCCACAUACAAACACAUUCUUUCUCACACACAUAUGCAAGCUUCACUUAAUAUUUUCAAGAAAUUUGAAUAAGUGAAGCUCAGGUAAUUGUCAAAUUUAUUUUUUGACAACCACUUAUUGUAAAAUACAGAAAAAAAAUAGAUGAAUCAGAUUUAUCUGGACCAUGUUAAGUAAAAUACCUGUCUGCAUAUUUUGAUAUAAUUGGGUUGUGAUCGUAUGUUAUGGCAGGUGAUUUACUGCUAUGAUGUGAGGAUGUGUUUGUCUCUCAUCUAAAGAGUCCUAGGGAAGGAAUUUAUUCACUCUACUGUCAGGAAUAAAUUGGUAAGUUUCCUAUUCUUUCAAACAUACUUAAAUCAGAUCAUUUAAGUAUGAUUAAGAGGGUUUUGUAUAACAUUAAUAGUUGUUCUUUUCGAUUGCUGCUAAUAACCUGUGUUGAGAGUUAUGUUUUAGAAAAGGGGAAAAAUUCAUUGCUAUUGCAAACCAGUUAC